AUGGCCCUGCUGCUGUACCUGGGCCUGACUGCAACGCUGGCCAGCGGCUGCCUUCACUGCCAAGGAAACUUCUCGGACAAGUUCUCCUUCUACCGCCACCACGUGAACCUCAAGUCCUGGUGGGUCGGCGACAUCCCCGUGUCGGGCGCGCUGCUUACCGACUGGAGCCAGGACACCAUGAAGGAGUUGCAUCUGGCCAUCCCCGCGGAGAUCACCCGGGAGAAGCUGGAGCAAGUGGCCAACGCUGUGUACCAAAGGAUGGAUCAACUGUACCAAGGCAGGAUGUACUUCCCAGGGUACUUUCCCAAUGAGCUGCGUGCCAUCUUCCGGGACCAAGUGCACCUCAUCCAGAAUGCCAUCAUUGAGAGUCGCAUCGACUGUCAGCGGCACUGCGGCAUCUUCCGGUAUGAGACCAUCUCCUGCAACAACUGUACUGACUCCCACGUCGUCUGUUUUGGCUACAACUGCGAGUCUUCAGCACAGUGGGAGCGAGCUGUGCAGGGCCUCCUGGGAUAUAUAAGUACGUGGCACAAACAGGACACCAGCAGGAGCCUGAUGUCCCCAAGCUUCACAUGUCUGGAGCCACCGCAUCUGGCCAAUCUGACGCUGGAGAACGCCUCCGAGUGUCUGACCCAGCACUGA